GACGAAAGGAGAAGCGUCCAUUCUAGGGUUCCAUUCCAACCUUCCUGGCCAUGGCCGAGGCGCCUCUGCCUGGCGGCCUCAAGGACAGCGGCUGCGGCGGCGAGGACAGCUUCUUGCAAGCGCUGGAUCGGUGCAUUGCGGCCGCUGGCAAGGGAUUCGCGAUUGGAGCUGGAUUGCGUGGUGGAUUGGUGAUUUUUGCCGUGAUGGCGCGGCUCAGGAAGGCGUCCUUGCUCCUCAGAUCAAGUGGAGGGAGGAUCGCUGACAAGCAUUUGGUUCGCAAUGCCUUGAAGGAGACAUUGCGGUAUGGAUUCUUUGUGGGCGCCUUCGCUGGUGUCUACACAAGCGUGGACGAGCUCGUUGCUUCCUUGGUAGGAUUUGGAAGGUCUGCGAGGUGGCGAUCGCUUGUUGCCGGCGCCAUUGCCGGCCCCUCCUUGCUCUUGACGGGGCCCAAAACUCGUCAUACAAGCAUGGCGCUUUACAUUCUCAUGCGAGCAGCUGUACUUGCUGCUCGGUGCGGUGUCAAGAGCAAGAAGGUUGGGUGGCUGUUUAGUCCCGUCUCUUGGAAGCACGGUGAUGUGCUGCUUAUGUGCUUGUCAUCAUCACAGAUCUUGUCCGCGUGGAUUCUCAAGCCGGACACACUUCCAUCGUCUUAUGUUUCAUUCCUAAACAAGCACGGUGGCAAGGACAUGUCAGUAGUCCGAGGCAUUCGGGAGCUGGCGCUCCGGGAGCCACUGACGAGCUUAGCGAAAAUCCAGGAGCACUACAGAGACAACGGGACUGAGAUUCAGCUCGACCCGACGAUGAAAGUACCCUGCACUAUGAUUCAUGCCAAUCAGCUUUGUCUAAUUCAUUUUCUGCAAUUCAUAGGAGACGCGUAUGUGAGAUCGCUAAUGGUCUACUUGCCGGUGUACCUCGGCCCCGCUGUCGUAGUACAUCGACAGGGUCUUCUCAAAAGGCCUUUUACAAUUCUAACAAAGUCGCUAUUGGGAACAGCUAGAUCCAGCUUAUUCCUCGCAACGUAUUGUGCAUCAGCCUGGGGCUGGACUUGUCUUUUGUUUCGACUGCUCAACGGAUGCAACCCUGCAACUCUGGCCUUGGGAACUUUCCCGACCGGCUUGGCACUCACGAUCGAGAAGAAGAGCCGCAGGAUGGAGAUCGCCCUCUACUGCUUCUCCCGCGCGCUGGAGAGCCUGGGCCUGUGCAUCACGAGCUCCGCCGCGUUCCAGCCACACCACCACCGCCUCCCAAAGCGCACCGACGUGGUGCUCUUCAGCUUCGCGACGUCGAUCAUCAUGCACUGCUACGCGCGGGAGCGCGACGUCUUCCGAUCAAAGUACCUCAACGUGCUGGACUGGGUGUUUGGCGUCCCCCGCAGUGACGAUCCUGUUCAGCGCUCGGUAGACAAGAAGAAGAAUCGCGCAGAGAAAACUAAAGAAGAUGGAGAUGACGAUGAGAGAGCCAAUUGCGCGGCGUGAUUCUCAUGCUCUAGACAAAAGUAAUCUAAGAACUAUUGUGAGAAGGAAGAGAGAGAGAGAGAGAGAGAGAGAGAGGACACACUGCUUGCCAAGUGGCGACAUCUCCCAGUCCCCAAAUGGAAGGCCUCUGGGAAAUGUGAGCCUCCCAUUAUAUUAGCGAUGAUUGUGGAUA